UGCAUACCACAACAUUGGUUAUUUCAUAAUGAACAUACAAUGAACAUUUUUACAACCAUUUACCAAUACUUUUAAAUGCUCUAAAACUGUUUAUUGCUUUUUCAUGAUACCUAAUGCAUUUACUGAUGCUGACAAAAAUAACCUUUUUGUCAAGUGUUGAAUAUUUUAUCAUUAUUGCCUGUUUAUUUAACUUAAUUAAUAAGCCAUUUCAUAAAUUUAUAUUUCUGCCAUGUUAGGACCAUGUUAUAAAACAGAAAUGUCUCUAUUUCUCUUAUUAAAUAGCUAUAAUCAAGUGAAUGCAUUUUCACAAUAUCUGAAAAAGUUAUGCAUACAAAGUAUAAUGCACCUGACCUAUGCUAACUAACGUAUUUACAUGUGUUCUAAGCUGCUAACAUUGGGGAAGACAUUUUACCAACUCUCUCACGGGAUGAUAUCCGAGAUCUCUUUCCUGGUCCUGAGCACUUCCUGCGACGCAAAGCCAUUUGGCAUAUUGUUCAUAAGGAAGAACAGGGGCACACCAUUCCUGUUGAACCCCAAGGUUCAUCAGCUGAUUAUGAACAUAAUGGAAGUCCAAAAAGAGAUGACCCCAGCACUUCAAAGUUUUUGAAGUUACCCAGCCCAGAAUACGUUCUCUUCCCUGAUAGUGAACUACAACAUGUGAGACGUGCAUACUUCGAGCAGCAACGUCUUGGAAAAGAGGGUGAAGUCACCUUAUCAAAGGAGCUCUUCUGCCGACUUAUCCGAAAUACCAUGACAAAUAUGAUAUCUAUUGCAAGAGCCUCUUCAGAUGACUACAAAUAUCCCACUAAACAUGAAGUUAUUGCCAUGGCAAAGCGGUUAGUACAGUACUACCCUAUGAUAAAAGAUAAGUCAACUGGAUCGAGUCAUGAGUGGGACACUGUUGCCAAAAAGCUCUUGAAGCGACUUUCAAAUAUCCGAAGUCCUGUGAAGGCCAAACACCCUCCCUCCAAGAGAGCACGUCUGAAUGAAAUACCGUCUGCUGCAGUGGCAAGUGACUAUGAUGCUGAUUCCAGUGCAUCAACAGUUCAUCUAUCACCACCUUCAAGAUCAAGCACCCCACAGCAAGAAAAUGACAGCAUUGAUGAAGCAUCCGACGGUCCAGACAACAGCCUUGACAGCCAGAAAACACAGGCACGACAUUACAGGACUCUACAAGAAAUGUACAAAGCAAAGAAGCCAAACAAAGCUGCUGUAACUCAUCUAUUAGACCUGGAGUUCCAGUCCAGAAGAAAUUUCAUUGACUCAAAUGCUUUGAAGGAGCAAGACCGACCCACAAAAAUUUUACAGGCAUACCCGUGCUUCAAAGAACUGGACCAUGUGGGUAUACACACUGCAACAUACUUUAGACUGAGUGACAAAUGUCCCAUUUCAUCUGCCUAA